CACUCUGUCACCGGCUUCUUUGUUCUUUAAUCGUAAAUUAUUUGACUUCAAAUUGUAAUAUCAAAAUAUCCCGAAGACUCUGUAACCAAGAGCGAAGAUAUGGAAGAUGUGGAAAUCAAGCCUCGCGGCUAUCAACUUCGCCUGGUUGACCACCUAACGAAGAGCAAUGGCAUUGUCUACCUGCCCACAGGAUCUGGGAAAACGUUCGUGGCCAUCCUGGUCCUAAAGCGCUUCUCGCAGGACUUUGACAAACCCAUCGAAAGCGGCGGAAAGCGUGCGUUGUUCAUGUGCAAUACUGUGGAAUUGGCCCGACAACAGGCGAUGGCCGUCAGGCGGUGCACCAACUUUAAGGUUGGCUUUUAUGUGGGUGAACAGGGAGUGGAUGACUGGACGCGCGGAAUGUGGAGUGAUGAAAUCAAAAAAAACCAAGUUCUUGUUGGCACAGCCCAGGUCUUUUUGGACAUGGUCACCCAGACGUACGUGGCUUUAAGCUCCCUGAGCGUUGUCAUCAUAGACGAGUGCCACCACGGCACUGGUCACCACCCAUUUCGUGAGUUCAUGCGAUUGUUCACUAUCGCUAAUCAAACAAAAUUGCCGCGCGUGGUGGGUCUCACCGGGGUGUUAAUCAAGGGAAAUGAAAUUACGAACGUGGCCACGAAACUUAAAGAGCUAGAGAUCACAUAUCGGGGAAACAUCAUUACCGUGUCCGACACCAAGGAGAUGGAAAACGUGAUGCUGUACGCCACCAAGCCCACAGAGGUCAUGGUGUCCUUUCCACAUCAAGAGCAAGUGCUCACGGUUACAAGGUUAAUAAGCGCAGAAAUUGAAAAGUUCUAUGUAUCCUUAGACCUCAUGAAUAUUGGCGUUCAACCGAUCCGAAGGUCAAAGUCAUUGCAAUGCCUGCGGGAUCCGUCGAAGAAGAGCUUUGUAAAGCAACUGUUCAACGAUUUUCUGUACCAGAUGAAAGAGUAUGGCAUCUACGCAGCUUCCAUAGCCAUAAUCUCGUUAAUUGUUGAGUUCGAUAUAAAGAGGCGCCAGGCCGAGACGCUAAGCGUGAAAUUGAUGCAUAGGACGGCCUUGACCUUGUGCGAGAAAAUCCGUCACUUGCUGGUGCAAAAACUGCAAGACAUGACUUAUGACGACGACGAUGACAACGUAAACACUGAGGAAGUCAUUAUGAACUUCUCCACCCCGAAAGUGCAGCGAUUCCUGAUGAGUCUUAAGGUAUCCUUCGCUGAUAAAGAUCCCAAAGAUAUCUGCUGUCUGGUCUUUGUUGAACGCCGCUACACCUGCAAGUGCAUCUAUGGCUUGCUGCUCAACUACAUCCAGUCUACGCCUGAGCUGCGAAACGUGCUCACGCCCCAAUUCAUGGUGGGCCGCAACAAUAUUUCUCCAGACUUUGAGAGCGUCUUGGAGAGAAAAUGGCAAAAAUCUGCCAUUCAGCAGUUUCGGGACGGUAAUGCCAAUCUUAUGAUAUGUUCAAGCGUCCUAGAAGAAGGCAUCGAUGUGCAGGCCUGCAAUCAUGUCUUUAUUCUUGAUCCUGUUAAAACCUUUAACAUGUACGUGCAGUCAAAGGGUCGGGCUCGUACCACUGAGGCCAAAUUCGUGCUGUUCACAGCUGAUAAGGAAAGGGAAAAGACAAUUCAGCAAAUUUAUCAGUAUCGAAAAGCGCAUAAUGACAUUGCCGAAUAUUUAAAGGAUCGAGUUCUAGAAAAAACUGAGCCAGAAUUGUACGAAAUCAAAGGGCACUUCCAGGACGAUAUUGACCCUUUUACCAAUGAGAACGGUGCCGUGUUGCUUCCCAACAAUGCCCUGGCCAUACUGCAUCGCUAUUGCCAGACAAUUCCCACGGAUGCUUUUGGCUUUGUGAUCCCCUGGUUCCAUGUAUUGCAAGAAGACGAACGUGAUAGAAUAUUUGGUGUUUCUGCCAAGGGCAAGCACGUAAUUUCAAUCAACAUGCCAGUAAAUUGCAUGCUAAGAGACACAAUUUACAGCGAUCCCAUGGACAAUGUUAAAACAGCCAAAAUAUCAGCUGCCUUCAAAGCGUGUAAAGUACUCUACAGUUUGGGAGAGUUAAACGAGAGAUUCGUGCCCAAAACAUUAAAGGAGCGCGUAGCCUCUAUUGCUGAUGUUCAUUUUGAGCACUGGAAUAAGUAUGGCGAUAGUGUGACUGCGACAGUCAACAAGGCCGAUAAGAGCAAGGACAGAACCUACAAGACCGAAUGUCCAUUAGAGUUUUACGACGCACUUCCGCGGGUAGGUGAAAUCUGUUAUGCCUACGAAAUAUUUUUGGAGCCGCAGUUUGAAUCGUGUGAGUACACGGAACACAUGUAUUUAAAUCUCCAAACACCAAGAAAUUAUGCUAUAUUGCUGCGGAACAAGCUGCCACGCCUUGCAGAGAUGCCCCUGUUUAGCAAUCAGGGUAAGCUACACGUUCGAGUGGCCAAUGCACCACUUGAAGUAAUUAUCCAGAACUCCGAACAGCUGGAGCUGCUCCAUCAGUUUCACGGAAUGGUAUUCCGCGAUAUCUUGAAGAUUUGGCAUCCGUUCUUUGUGCUGGAUCGUCGCAGCAAGGAGAACUCCUACCUGGUAGUUCCUCUCAUACUGGGUGCGGGUGAACAGAAAUGCUUUGACUGGGAACUGAUGACCAACUUCCGAAGACUACCGCAAAGUCAUGGGUCAAAUGUACAGCAACGCGAGCAACAACCUGCUCCACGUCCUGAAGAUUUUGAGGGCAAAAUUGUUACACAAUGGUAUGCCAACUAUGAUAAGCCCAUGCUGGUCACAAAGGUGCACCGUGAGCUAACACCGUUAAGUUAUAUGGAAAAGAACCAACAGGACAAGACCUACUACGAGUUUACCAUGUCAAAGUACGGCAACCGCAUUGGUGAUGUUGUUCACAAGGAUAAGUUUAUGAUCGAGGUCAGAGACCUUACGGAACAGCUCACUUUCUACGUUCAUAAUCGUGGAAAGUUCAACGCGAAGAGCAAGGCUAAGAUGAAAGUUAUUUUGAUUCCGGAGCUAUGCUUCAAUUUUAACUUUCCUGGGGAUUUAUGGCUUAAGUUGAUCUUCCUACCCAGCAUUUUAAACCGCAUGUACUUCCUUCUCCACGCAGAGGCCUUACGUAAGCGAUUUAAUACGUAUUUAAACCUCCAUCUGCUGCCUUUUAAUGGAACUGAUUACAUGCCCAGACCACUAGAAAUUGAUUAUUCGCUAAAGCGGAAUGUCGACCCCUUGGGCAAUGUCAUACCAACUGAGGAUAUCGAGGAGCCGAAAUCCCUUUUAGAGCCAAUGCCCACAAAGUCCAUUGAGGCGUCCGUGGCCAAUCUUGAAAUAACAGAAUUCGAAAAUCCCUGGCAAAAGUAUAUGGAGCCGGUUGAUCUGUCGCGAAAUCUUUUGAGUACGUAUCCCGUAGAGCUGGACUACUACUAUCAUUUUAGCGUUGGUAAUGUAUGUGAGAUGAAUGAGAUGGAUUUUGAAGAUAAGGAAUACUGGGCAAAAAAUCAGUUCCAUAUGCCCACGGGUAAUAUCUAUGGCAACAGAACUCCGGCCAAGACUAACGCAAACGUGCCAGCUUUGAUGCCGUCGAAACCGACUGUCCGCGGGAAGGUAAAACCACUGCUCAUUUUGCAAAAAACUGUUUCCAAAGAACAUAUAACGCCAGCGGAGCAGGGCGAGUUUUUGGCUGCAAUCACUGCCUCGAGCGCAGCGGAUGUUUUCGACAUGGAACGCCUUGAGAUUCUGGGCGAUUCCUUCUUAAAACUUAGUGCCACGCUCUACUUGGCCAGCAAGUAUUCGGAUUGGAAUGAGGGCACUCUUACAGAGGUCAAAUCCAAGCUUGUGUCUAAUCGUAACCUGUUGUUCUGCCUCAUCGACGCGGACAUUCCCAAAACGCUCAACACCAUUCAGUUUACGCCUAGAUACACAUGGCUUCCACCUGGCAUCAGUUUGCCCCACAAUGUUCUAGCCUUGUGGCGAGAAAAUCCGGAAUUCGCAAAGAUUAUUGGCCCACACAAUCUCCGUGACUUGGCUCUCGGCGAUGAGGAGUCCCUGGUGAAGGGCAACUGCAGCGAUAUCAACUACAACCGCUUCGUGGAGGGAUGUCGAGCAAAUGGGCAGUCCUUUUAUGCCGGUGCCGAUUUUUCAUCCGAGGUGAACUUCUGCGUGGGACUGGUCACGAUUCCCAACAAGGUGAUAGCCGAUACCCUUGAGGCGCUAUUGGGCGUAAUCGUUAAGAACUACGGAUUGCAGCAUGCCUUCAAGAUGCUAGAGUACUUCAAGAUUUGCCGUGCGGAUAUUGACAAGCCGCUUACUCAGUUACUGAACCUCGAACUGGGCGGCAAGAAAAUGCGGGCGAACGUGAAUACUACAGAAAUUGACGGCUUUCUCAUAAAUCACUAUUAUUUGGAAAAAAAUCUUGGCUACACGUUUAAGGAUCGACGAUAUUUGUUGCAGGCCCUCACCCAUCCCUCGUAUCCCACUAAUCGCAUCACUGGGUCCUAUCAGGAGCUGGAAUUUAUUGGCGAUGCCAUACUCGACUUUCUAAUCUCUGCCUAUAUUUUCGAGAACAAUACGAAAAUGAAUCCGGGCGCCCUCACAGAUCUGCGUUCCGCUUUGGUCAACAAUACUACGCUGGCCUGCAUUUGCGUGCGGCAUCGGUUGCACUUUUUUAUCCUAGCGGAGAACGCAAAGCUCUCCGAGAUCAUAUCCAAAUUCGUGAAUUUCCAGGAGAGCCAGGGUCACCGGGUUACCAACUAUGUGCGCAUUCUGCUCGAGGAAGCUGAUGUUCAGCCGACUCCGCUGGACUUGGAUGACGAAUUGGAUAUGACUGAGUUACCGCAUGCAAAUAAAUGCAUUUCUCAGGAAGCAGAGAAAGGAGUCCCACCAAAAGGUGAGUUCAACAUGUCCACAAACGUGGAUGUGCCAAAGGCGUUGGGGGAUGUUCUGGAGGCCCUUAUUGCAGCCGUAUACCUGGACUGCCGAGAUCUCCAACGUACUUGGGAGGUAAUUUUCAAUCUCUUCGAGCCGGAGCUUCAGGAGUUCACGCGCAAAGUGCCCAUCAAUCAUAUACGACAGCUCGUUGAGCACAAGCAUGCGAAGCCCGUGUUUAGCUCGCCCAUCGUCGAAGGGGAAACUGUAAUGGUUAGUUGUCAAUUUACCUGCAUGGAAAAGACGAUCAAGGUGUACGGAUUUGGGAGCAAUAAGGACCAGGCCAAGCUAUCGGCUGCCAAGCACGCCCUUCAGCAGCUAAGCAAAUGCGACGCCUAAUAUGAUGAUUCCAGCCCAGUCUAGUUUCUGCUAAACUGCAUUGAAUUUGCUUUCUAGCCAAGACGUAAUCCUUUGGAAGAGGACAGCAAAGGGCACCUAAUGAACUUAACUGUAUAUCUUAGAAUUAAAAAAUACUUUUCCAUCGCUUUAAUAGACAUAAAUGUCUAAAACCAAAAAAUCAUUUUUGAUCACCAUAAAUUGUUAAGACCUUUUAAAUCAAAACAAAAACAGCCCAUUUGGAAACACAAUCUAAAGAUGCUAUGCCAAUUUCCUCAAAUACAAACGGUUUUUAAUUAUUUUUUUAUCAAUUAUUGCCAUUUAAAAUGUUUUAGCUUCAUUGUUAUUAAUAAAAUUUAAUAGCUUCCCCAAUACAAUAUUUGUUACCUUGGGUCGAAAUAAAUAUUUUUAUACAAUUG